AUGUAUUUUCAGCCAAUCAGAAAAAUCCAUACAGUGGUUGCUAGGCGAAUGAUCCGGCCAGUAGCCAAUCUGAUUUGCCGUUCGUGAAGCGAGCAGGGAGUUGAGAAAGACCUAGUGACAGCGCCUGAGUCCCGUGAAGGAACAUCACGGAGGCUCGCUCCGUGGGAACACGACAGCCGUCAGGAUGCCGAACAAAACCAAGAAGGAGAAGGAAACAAGUAAAUCAUCCAAAAGCAGCUCAAAAAACAGCAGCAGCAGCAGCAUUGGGAAGGAUGGAACCUCAGAGAACUCUGAUGAGUCACAGCAGCAGAGCAACAACAACAAACGUGCAAGUAACAGCACGCCUCCACCCACCCUGCUCAACAAGAUUAAAUACUCUGGAGGUCCUCAGCUGGUGAAGAAGGAGCGCCGCCAGAGCUCGUCCCGCUUCAGCCUGACCAGGAACCGGGAGCUGCAGAAGCUACCUGCCCUCAAAGAUGCCCCUGCUGUGGAUCAAGAGGAGCUGUUCAUGCAGAAGCUGCGUCAGUGCUGCGUUCUUUUUGACUUCAUAUCCGACCCGCUCAGUGACCUGAAGUACAAGGAAGUGAAGAGGGCAGGGCUUAAUGAGAUGGUGGAGUACAUUACACACAACAUCGAUGUGGUCACCGAGUCCAUCUACCCCGAGGCCGUCAUCAUGUUUUCUGUCAAUGUGUUCCGGACUCUUCCUCCAUCCUCCAACCCCACCGGAGCCGAGUUUGACCCUGAGGAGGAUGAGCCCACACUGGAGGCGGCCUGGCCCCAUCUGCAGCUGGUGUACGAGUUCUUCCUGCGCUUUCUGGAGUCUCCAGACUUCACACCGAACAUUGCAAAGAAAUACAUCGACCAAAAGUUUGUCCUCUCGCUCCUGGAGCUGUUUGACAGUGAAGAUCCCAGAGAGAGAGACUUCCUGAAGACCAUCCUUAACCGCAUCUAUGGAAAGUUCCUCGGUCUUCGAGCCUACAUUCGCCGGCAGAUAAACAACAUCUUCUACAGGUUCAUCUACGAGACGGAGCACCACAAUGGCAUUGCGGAGCUUCUGGAGAUCCUGGGGAGCAUCAUUAAUGGCUUUGCUCUGCCGCUGAAAGAAGAACACAAGAUGUUUCUGAUCAGAGUUUUGCUGCCACUGCAUAAAGUUAAGUCUCUAAGCGUGUACCACCCUCAGCUGGCCUACUGUGUGGUUCAGUUCCUGGAGAAGGACAGUAGCCUGACUGAGCCAGUCAUCAUGGGCUUGCUGAAGUUCUGGCCAAAGACUCAUAGUCCAAAGGAGGUCAUGUUCCUGAAUGAGCUGGAGGAGAUCCUAGAUGUCAUCGAGCCAUCAGAGUUUGUUAAAGUUCAGGAGCCGCUCUUCAGACAGCUCGCCAAGUGUGUCUCCAGUCCUCACUUCCAGGUGGCAGAGAGAGCUCUAUAUUACUGGAAUAACGAGUACAUCAUGAGUCUGAUCAGCGACAAUGCAGCUAAAAUCCUCCCCAUCAUGUUCCCCGCUCUCUACAAGAACUCCAAGAGCCACUGGAACAAGACCAUCCACGGUCUCAUCUACAACGCCCUGAAGCUCUUCAUGGAGAUGAACCAGAAGCUGUUUGAUGAUUGCACGCAGCAGUACAAGGCUGAAAAACAAAAAGAAAAGUACAAGCUGAAGGAGCGGGAGGAGAUCUGGCUGAAGAUUGAGCAGCUAGCCCGGCAGAACCCACAGAGUAAUAAGCUCCGCCCCUUCCAUCCUGGACUCCACCGUCAGGAGGAGUACAUGUAUGGCGACGGUGGUGUGGCCAUCUACUCAAUGGAGACAGAGACUCCGACAGCUGAGGACAUCCAGCUGCUGAAGAAGACUGUGGAGAGCCAAGCCUCACAGGGUCUGAAGGAUCUGAAGAAGGACAAAGUCCUGAUGCGGAGAAAGUCAGAACUGCCACAGGACGUUUACACCAUCAAAGCGUUGGAAGCUCACAAGAGGGCCGAGGAGUACCUGACAGCCAAUCAGGAGGCUCUCUGACCAGGGGAGGCAACCCCUCCUGAGCCCAGCUCAGUCCCCUUCCUUCUACCCAUCUCUGCAGGGAGGAGCUUGUUGCUGCUGUGGACGAUCAGAUGAGGACAGAGCUGAUGCUACGUUCUAACAAAAAAGAUGAGAAACUCAGCUCAGCGCCUGGUAGCUGAUUAAAAGGACACUAGAAACUCAGACUGUCCACAUACCGUCCAACGUGUGUCAGUGCUCCACUGUGACUGGACAUAAUCAUGCCACCCCCCUCAGCCAAUGCUUCUUCUGGACUUUACCGCUGUCAUGUGUGAAGUACCUGAAUGCAUCACCUGCAGCAAUUUCCACCGCAGGAACUGACAGCCUGUGGUGUGUGUUCAAGCUCCCACCGAUGCUUCUCAGCAGAAAGUGUUGUGAUUCAGGUGCAUUCAGAAACGAACUGAUGUCACUGACAUGAUGACAUCAUCACUGUGACACAUGUACCUGCAGCUACAGGUGUUGAACGAUAGCCGCUGUUCUUCACACGUCGUUAUUAUUGGUGUAUAAAUGGUCAUUUUGGCUCACUCCAGAUGUUCAGUGGAAUAAAAAAUCUGAUCUUA